AAUGAGUGUAAGGAGAUUUAGAAGUGGAGGUAUGCAUGCAAAUUCAGAAGAAGAAUACUUAAAUGUAUAAAUUUAUAGGAAAUUCUUUUAGAAAAUUGUUAAGUUGGAGAAAUAAUAAAAGAAAAAAACAUAUAACUAAGAAGAUGAAUACUUUGAUGGUUUCAUUGUAAAUUCAUAAUUUACAUUUGAUUGCAUCGAAUAACCUCAACUACCUUAGAUCACUUAAAAAUCUCAUUUUAUUCUAAUUAUGAUUGAUGAUUUAUAUUUAAGUCCUAAAAGACUUUAAAAUAUGAUAGAAUACAGUAAGUUCAUGUUUAAAGUAUUUUUAGCAGAUAAUUGUGAAACAAUGACUCAAAGUACGAAUGACGAUUGCUCAACUUGGAGUCCAUAAAUUAUGAACUAUGACUGUAUAGUUCAUACAUAUACAUAAGAAUGUGUGAAUCAUCUCUUUAACAUAUGGAUAAUAAAUACUAGGAAUAUAAAUUCAACUUUUAAAUGUAUAUUUAUUAACUAAUAGUAGAUUGUUAUUUCAAGUUAUUUGAAGCCUUUAUAUGUGUUAACAAUGUUAAGAGUACUUUAUUUUAAGAAAUUUUUGAAGAGAUAAAAGAAAUAAAUAGUAAAGUUCAGUAAUUCCACAUGAAGGAAAAUGAUGAGGUAAAGCAUUUAUUAUUAUGUUAGGCUUCACCUGAAAGAAAAUAAAUAAAUAAUCUUUAAUAAAUUUUAAAAACCUUGAUCGAUUCGAGAACUCUAUGAA